GUGUGUGCGUGCAUAUGUGUGCACAUGCGUGUGUGUUUCAAUUGGGCUAGAUUGUGCAUGCCUGUGUGUGUGGGGGAGUGCAGGGCCGUGCCAUGCUACUACUGAGCAGUCAGGCAACGGAGCGGACUAUCCCCGGGGCCACAAGUAAAGCUGUAACAGCCCACCAGUCAGGAGGAGGUAAGACCACGGUGGACCACAUUUCUGUCAUCCUGAAUGGAACUCUGGGCCGUGAGGAGGUGGGUUCGAGGGUGGUGGCAGGCCAGGCCGCCCGAUAUGCCGCACUGGAGCAAAGUCAUCCUGCAGCCGGGAGCACUAGGGCACGACAGCAGGCGCUGCAGGGGGAGGAGGGACGCUUCAGCCUGGGCAGGACACGGCAGGAUCUUGGCAGGUGGCCCUCCAUGAGCCACACAGGCAGAGUGGAGAGGAGGAGGGAGGAUGCAGUGCAGGAGGAGGAGGAGGAGGAGGGAGAGAAGGAGGAUGGUUGGGAAAUGACAACAGACCGGUUUCUCCAACUGCAACAGCCCUCCAAUAACUCAGCAGCUCCAGCAGCAGCCCAACCUUCUCAGUCAGACUGGGAGACUACAGCGGUAGGAGUAGAGGUAGAUACAGGCACAGCAGCUCCAGAGCAACAGAAGACCCAGGUAGAGACCCAGGGACAGGACAUUUCUCCCCAGUACGAAGGGUCUCCCCCUGGGCAUAAUGGUGGUGUUCUGGCUGGUGGUGGCCGUCUACCCCGGGCUGUGCUCCGCAGGAAGCCAUCCCAGGACAGUGCUGCGCCAGACAGCAGGAGGGUGGUGAGUAUGUAUGGAGCCCCAGCCGGGCAGCAACGAGGCUCGGUAAGUGACCAGGACAGAACAGACAAACCCAGGAGGCCCAGGAGUGUGUGCAUGCUGGGAGGCCCCAACCUCAACCCUGCCCUGUUGCAGCCCGGGUCCCACAGGUCCCACUCCCAGCAGAGCUUCAGAAGGGUGGCUACAGGAUCUCUGGACGGUCCCCCCCAGCAGUGUUGGACCAGGAAGGCAGAGCUGCGGGCGGUAGACGGCCUCAAGCCAGGGGUGCUCCCUCAGCGGACAGUGGCUGAGGAGAAGGUGGUCUCUAGGGUCCGGCAGCAGACCUGGAAACAGAGACCAGUCAGUAUGACAAUGUUGGAGUUGAGGAAGAAGGCCUCUGGGUCUCAGGACGAGCUGGACAGCCAUAGGGGAAGCCAGUGGGGAGGUCUGUUCGGCCGCUGGAGGCUCUUUGGCCGACCAUCCCAGGACAAGGAGAAGGAUAAGGAUAAGGAGGGAGCCCGAGCCCCAGGCUCCAAGCCCGCCAACAGGCUGGACGUCCCCAAGAAGACCCUGAGCUCCUUACGCCGGAGUCUCAGUUUGCGGAUCAGGAGGAACCGGCCGCGGGGGAGAGUGGAAAUAUCCGAAGUGACACCAGAGGAACGCUCACGCACUAAAAGUAUCGGGCAAGAGCCAUCUCUCCCCUCGCGGCCCUUCUCCUACCUCACCGGGAGGUCCCUGCCACCCCCUUACGAGAGAGACAAUGAUGGAGGGAUGCAGAACAUUCAGUACCACAGCCAGGGCAAGGUCAAGGUGAUGGAGGUGCCCCUCUACCCAGCCAGACUGUCGUCCUCCACUAAACCAGCCCAUGAGGAGCCCAGCGUGUGGCAGCUCAUAGCCAGCCGCUUUAGGAGGAAGGAGCAGCAACAACCGCCCAACGGUAAAUGUAAACUCCAGCCCCAACCCCCGAGCAAAGAGACUCAGACUGGCAAAUAUCCCCUGGCUGGGAAUAAGAAGCCUCAGUUAGUUUCCAUAGAGACUCUGGCAGGCAUCGACUGCAGCAAAGGUCAAGACUCUUUCGUCAACAGCCAAGAAUGGACAUUGAGUCGAUCAGUGCCAGAGCUCAAAGUGGGUAUUGUGGGUAAUCUGUCGAGCGGGAAAUCGGCCCUUGUCCACCGGUACCUGACAGGCACGUACGUGCAGGAGGAAUCCCCUGAAGGUGGUCGAUUCAAGAAGGAGAUGGUGGUUGAUGGACAGAGCUACCUGCUGCUGAUCAGAGACGAGGGAGGCCCCCCGGAGCUGCAGUUUGCUGCGUGGGUAGACGCUGUGGUGUUUGUCUUCAGUCUGGAGGAUGAGAUCAGUUUCCAGACGGUCUACAACUACUUCCUGCGUCUGUCCAGCUACAGGAACACAGCAGAGGUCCCCAUGGUCCUGGUCGGGACGCAAGAUGCCAUCAGUGCUGCCAACCCCAGAGUGAUCGAUGACUCACGGGCCAGGAAGCUGUCCAACGACCUGAAGCGUUCCACGUACUACGAGACCUGCUCCACCUACGGCCUCAAUGUGGAGAGAGUCUUCCAAGAUGUCGCCCAGAAGGUGGUGGCUCUGAGGAAAAAGCAGCAGCUGUCUAUUGGUCCGUGCAAAUCCCUUCCCAACUCGCCUAGCCACUCAUCAGUCCCCAACGCAUCCCUUCCCUCUGUGCAUAUUAACCAGGCGGCGAACGGCGGGGGUGCGUUCAGCGACUACUCCUCCUCGGUGCCCUCCACUCCCAGCAUCAGCCAGAGGGAGAUGCGCAUCGAGACCAUCGCCGCCUCCAACACGCCCACACCCAUCCGGAAGCAGUCCAAGCGCCGCUCCAACAUCUUCACAUCACGGAAAGCCAACAGUGAACAGGCAAAGACCACUGACAGUAAAACAGAUAGCAUAGGCAGUGGAAGGGCCAUACCCAUCAAACAGGGCAUCCUUCUGAAGAGAAGUGGGAAGUCCCUGAAUAAGGAGUGGAAGAAGAAAUACGUCACACUUUGUGACAACGGCCUCCUCACCUACCACCCAAGUUUACAUGACUACAUGCAGAACGUGCACGGGAAAGAGAUUGACUUGUUGAGGACCACGGUCAAGGUGCCAGGGAAACGACCACCCAGGGCGGUCACCACUAUCGCCCCCACCGCCAGCCCCAAGACAAACGGGCUGACCAAGGACCGCAGCACCCUGCAGCUGGGCGUAGGCACCACAGGUGCGCCCCAUUCUAACAGCAAUACAUCCCUCCAGUCAGAGCGUUCGGUCAGCGGAGGAGGUCUGGUGGGCUUCGGGGGCAGUAAGGACAGCAUGCACCAACGCUCCUUCUCUGUUUCCAGUGCCGACCAAUGGAACGAGGCCGUCAUCAACACCAGUGCAAGCACCGGGGCCGCCAACGGGAUGAGCGAGCCCCUAACCUGCAGCUCUGGAGUGGGCAGUGCCACCAGUCCCAAGCUGGAGCCUCCCCCCUCACCUCACGCCAACCGCAAGAAACACAGACGGAAAAAGAGCACGGGCAUCACCAAGCCAGACGGGCCAUCUACAGGCAAUGAAGAGUCGGAGGAGUCAUUUGAGUUCAUCAUCGUGUCUCUGACGGGCCAGAUGUGGCAUUUCGAGGCGUCUACGUUUGAGGAGAGGGAGCUGUGGGUCACAGCCAUCGAGAGCCAAAUCUUUGCCAGCCUGCAGUCCUGCGAGAGCAUGAAGAAUAAGUCCCGGUUAGGCAGCCAAAGUGAUGCAGCGUCCAUUCAGUCCAUAAGGAACGUGAGAGGGAACAGCAUCUGUGUGGACUGUGAUGCAGCCAACCCGGACUGGGCCAGUCUUAACCUGGGGGCUCUGAUCUGUAUCGAGUGUUCAGGGAUCCACAGGAACCUGGGGACCCACCUGUCAAGGGUCCGCUCUCUGGACCUGGAUGACUGGCCCGUGGGGCUCAGCAUGGUGAUGAUGGCUAUAGGCAACGCUAUGGCCAACAGUGUCUGGGAGGGGGCCCUAGAGGGGUACACCAAGGUGGGCGCUGACAGCACCAGGGAGGAGAGGGAGCGGUGGAUCCGGGCUAAGUAUGAGCAGAAGCUGUUCCUGGUGGGUCUCCCCCAGUCGGAUGUGCCCCUGGGGCAGCAGCUGCUCCGGGCCGUGGUGGAGGACGACCUGAGGCUGGUGGUGCUGCUGCUGGCCCACGGCACCAAGGAGGAGGUCAACGAGACGUACGGAGACGGGGACGGACGCACCGCCCUGCAUCUGUCCUGUGCCAUGGCCAACGUGGUCAUCACCCAGCUUCUCAUCUGGUACGGAGUAGACGUGAAAAGUCGGGACGCGCGCGGCCAGACGCCGCUGUCCUGCGCCCGGCGGGCAGGAAGCCAGGAGUGUUCUGACAUCCUGCUCCAGCAUGGCUGCCCCAAUGACCCGGUCAGCAGCAGCCUCACCACCCCCAACAUGAGCCGCAGAAACCCCAAUGUUAACCCCAACCCUAACGUCAACAACAACAAUGCCCUCAGUGAGCUCAACCGCAGUGUCAGUAUAAUGUAGGACCAGGAGUGGAUCAUCCCAGAGCAGACCGGAGUAGACUUGACUCACCGAUCACCAAGGCCCGUGAACAUAAACACACUGUGUCCCCAUAGACGACCCAGUGUCCGUACUACUCUCCCAGUCCCCAUUCUCCUCCUAUUCCGCUUCAUACUGUGUAACCUAAACUGAGUGACUGGCAGUGGAGGCUUUUUUGGGCGCAAUGGACAGGAUAGAGAUAUUCCAAGAUGCUGAGAGAGGCAGGCUUACCUGGUGGACAUUGUAUAUUGUAUUUGUUUGGUUGUUGUUUUCCUCAUAUCAUUGGCACAGCGGUACUGUCUGUCAGUAACGCUCAUGAUCAGUUUAAAUCUUUUUAUUGUUAUUAAGCAUCAACCAAAUGAAUGGCUCACCCCUCCCCUCUCUACUAAAACAGUUUAUUUCUAUGCUUGAACAUUUCCUUUCAUGUCGUCCUCUGUUGGAGCCAAACUGUGUUUAUAUUGUGCUGUUUUAUGAAAUGACAAAUUCCCUCUGAUAAUGCUUCCAUGCCUAUAUAGAGAAAGAUAAACACCUUGGUAACAUUUUGCUUUUAGAUACUCCAAAGGAACUUCCACGUUGGACGCACAGCGUUUGCUGAGUGAAGCCAUCAAGCUCUCUUGACAUGCCAUUCGUGUAAAAAAGCAACGCAUGCCUAUGUAGGUGGAAGGUAAAAAAUGAUUGAAAUACUUUACGUACGGGCAAAAGGUUUAAAUCAUAAUUUGACAUUUCAGAGAUGAUUGCACAAUGGGAGAAUUUUGGGAGAUAGUUAAGUGAGUCAUUUGUUCUUCCACCCUGAUCAUGUCCCGCUUGCAAAUCAUCCGUGAUUAUAUGGGAAUUGAGGGUCUGUUUUAUGAGCAUCAUGUCGAUUGGUUUUUUGUAAAAAAAAAAAAAAUGCCUCUUCAAUCAGAAAUCAUUCAGAGGAAUGAUUGAAGGAAGGAAAUUGUAUCAUUAAGAGAUCUUUGUUGGAGUAAUUUUUGGAUGGAUUUGAAGAGUGUUGAUAACUAUUUGACACAGAUCACAUAACCUGGCCCCUGCAGGCAUAAUGGAAUGUCUGUUCACCUCUUGUCGCCGAAGGCCCUGCAUAUUGGUACUCAUGAUUAUAUGUCUUUUGUUGCUGUGAACUAUGUGGUGCGUGUGUGGGUGUGUGUGUGUGUACAUGCGUGUGCUUGUGUGUGAGUGAAAGAGAGAGAGGAAGUGACUGGGUAAAUCUGUGUAAGGACACCAUUGGGAGAAAAGGCUAGCAUUUAUAGUUGUUUGACUAAAAGGUUUUUGGAGCAAAAAAGGUGUUUUCAAGUACAGACCACUGUAACAAGCAGGGGGUUGGAACCGGUUCGGGGAACUGAACCGAAAACAGGAAAAUAACAACAUUUUUGUGAAACAGAAGCGAGGAAAUUAUCUAUAUUGUUCUAGAACAGACCUGUUAUUUUAAAAGCAUGGAAACCGGUUAAUAACCUUAUUUUAUGUUUCGGGGGAUUUUUUUCCAGGCACACACAGAAAUGCAACCAAAAGCCUAUGCAAAGCCCUCACUCUGUCACUCAGAAACGUAUUCCGGUGUCUGCCUGCAAGCUGGGAAUCUUUGCCGGUGCGUGUUUAGGCUACCUGCCCCUCCCCCCUCCGAAGCAUAGGCUACUGGACUGACAUUACAAGGGUGAUUCAGAAGAUGGGGACAGAUUUUUUUAUUGGCUAGAGAAGAAUUGAUUCACUUUUUUCAAUGCUAGUUAAGGAUACUAUAGUUAUCACGUUUUACAUUGGAUUUAUUAACUACGAAAAGGAAGACGUUUUUUUAAUUCUGGUGCAGCUCUGCACAAACAAGCUUGUUAACUAGCUCUGGUCCAGCAUUAAGCCAGCCCUCGGAACUCUCAGAGUGGACCGGACUCACCGAUCACCAAGGCCCAGCGCUUCCGUAGAAACCGCUCCUCUGUAGGUAGGGUAUAAUUUGGUGGGUUUAAUUCGGAUAAUGCAUGUCAUAACAAGCCAAGCCUCCUCCUCCACCCUUUCGCUCUCCCCACCCGGGGGAAUCGCAUCUCGCCCCUUACACUUGUCUGUCCAUCACGCAUUUAAACAACUAGUUUGCCCGCUCCAUAGCAAGCUGCUCUAUCUGCACUGAUUGGUAACUUAAUGAACUAAAGGUAAAAAAAUAAAUACUUUUGCCACAGGGCAAAAAGGAAUGAUAGAAAACAGUACUUUUUUGGGGUUCUAACUGGUUCAGUACUUUAUUUUGCUGGUCAGAACAGUGGAACUGAAUACAAUAAAUAGUGGUUCUGUUCAGAACAAAACGAUUGGAACGUCAUUUUGGUUGGUUCCAACCCCUGGUAAACAGUAGCUCGUCCUCCAAUAAGAAUUAUCCUGAAGUGGUGUGGAUUAACGUUGACUACUGGAGUCGUUUUGAAGCUUUCCCUCUCAAUUCCUCUACAACUAAUGUGACUUUAACGAACCAUCCAACCCCUCACCCUUACUCAAGGGACCAAAACAGGUACAUUCAAGUGUCAAACCAUGGAGAUAGAGACUAAAAGGGUCAAGAAGGGAUGGAGAGAAAAGCCAAGAUAACUUGACAGUUUUUAUGGUAAUUCUUCAUGAUAAUAUCAUAUGUGUAUAUAUAAGUACUUAGACAAGACAAAACAAGAUGGAGGAGGGACUUUCAUAACAGGAGCAUUCAAGUGGUAUUGGCAUAAAGUAUAUAGAGACAUUUCAUUUUCUUCGCUCUUCUGCCGUUUUAAGGUUUGAAAUUAAAACCUAGUUUUCUGGUCUUUAAAUUUACUAUGGCAGUGUUUAUGUUUACAGGGCAAAGGCUCUUCAUAUUAACCCUGUUACAUUAUCUACAUGGUUUUGUUAUUUCCCAGCAGGCUAAACUGGUUGGAAUUACGUCAGUACAACCUGGUUACAACCAUAUUAUAACCUGGUUGUAAACUGGUUGUAAUAAGGACAUUUAAACCAGCUUUGCCCCCCCUCCCCCCCCGCUGUGUUCCCUCAGUAUUUGUAGUUUAAUGAAACCCACAAGAUAUAAAGAUGUGGUCAAUCAGGAACAGUGUGAAAUACAGUAUACACUUUCAUCCCUGUUGUCCUGAAUUGGCUCUCAGAUUCAACCAAAUUACAUUUAGACUGAUGGUCAACAGAGCUUGUAGACAGCCUUACGUUAUAACUACAUUGACGAGUUGGCCUUUUCCUUUGGUGUACAGUAGGUGUACAGUAUGUGUACAAACCACCAUGGCACCAACGUAUUUCAAUGAAUUCUCAAGUACAUUUCAAAGUAUGUCUGAUAUACGGUAGUAGAUUAUUUCCUAUAGAGGAGUUUGAGGUAUAUACUUACCUGAUGCCAUAGGACCAUAUUCACCCUUGUAAUAUUUCCCUUCCCCACUACUCUUAACGUUGCCUGACUAUAACCAUUAUUCUAAGCUAAAUGUUUUCCCCCAAAGACAAGCUGUUCUGAUAUGGCACCCUAUUCCCUAAAUAGUGCACUACUUUUGACCAGAGUUCAAUGCGAUACCUGGUCAAAAGUAGUCCACCAUAAAGGGAGUAGGUUACUAUUUCAGACGUACCCAGGAUGUAAAUAUGGGUCCAAGAUUCUCUAUGACCAGACAAGCUCCCAGUCAAACAGUUUUUUACAGUCAGUCUUCCUUGACUUGUAAACCCUAUUUUGAUAACUUUUCAAUUUUUUUCUUCAUUGUUCUUAAGCAUAUUUUUAGGUACUUUGGUUAGGUCUCAAUGUAGCUACAUUAUCUGACCAUUUGAGGUACUUUGUGUAUAAUGAUGUACAUUUGACAUAUUUAUAAUGCAGUAUGUAAAUAUUGUUUGUUUUUGUUUAAUUUUCCUAUUGUAUUUUUUUCUCUCUUUACGUUCGGAACGUGAAACAAAACAUAAAGCUAAAGAGUUAGCUGUUGUGUGCUUGGAUGCUUGGCUGACUGUUGACCUAUUCAUCAAACACUCCAAUAAAACAAUGUAGCCUUUCCUGGAUUUGGGAAAUAACAAAA